AUGUCUCAAUUAGGUUUAAUUGUUGUAGCUGUUGGUGGAUCAGGUUAUAGUUUAGCUUUAUUUCAUUUAUUCUGUCAUUCAUUCUUUAAAGCAUUAUUAUUUAUAAGUGCUGGUGCUAUUAUUCAUAGUGUUAUUAGUGAAUCACAAGAUAUGCGUACAUAUGGUGGAUUUAAUCGUUAUUUACCAUUUACAUAUACUUGUUUAUUAAUUGCUUCAUUAUCUCUUAUGGCUAUUCCUGGUCUUACAGGUUUUUAUAGUAAAGAUGCUAUUAUUGAAUCAAUAUUAGCUGUAUGUUCUAUUUUUGUUGGUUAUUUAUUUAGAGAUUUAUUAGUAGGUUUUGGUACUGAUGUUGUAUUCCAAUUACCUCAUACAUUCUCAUUAGUUGAAACUGAAUUUACACUUACACCAGUAUUUAAACUUUUACCUAUUACAUGUGGUGUUACUAUUAGUAUUAUUACUGUUUAUAGUUAUGAAGUAUUAGGUGCUGCAUUUAAAUCUAAUAAUUAUAGAUCUGUAUUUAGUUUAUUUAAUCAACGUUUAAUGUAUGAUCAAAUGCUUAAUCAUUUAGUUAUUCGUAAAGGUUUAUUAUUAGGUGGUAAUCUUAAUAAUGCUGUUGAUCAAGGUGUAUUACAAUGA